AUGUCAGAACUGGAACAAGUCCCACCGGCUGUAUCUGAAGUUGCCCUUUCUCAAGAAGCGCCAUCUUAUGAAGAAGCCGUUGCACCCGCAACCACAAACUCAAACUCAACCAGUAGUGAUACCACUGAACUUCCCUCAUCACCUACCAAACCCAAAAAAAAAUCAGUUGGUUUUGCUCCACCGCCAGAAGAAGAUUUACGAGAAUACCACAAGUACUUGAAACAAAAAGAAGAAGCCGAAUUGAAAUCAUCCCCUUUCCAUAAAAUCCCUCCUGAACUUGCUUAUUUAGAAAAGAGAAAUAAACAAGCACCACCAAAACCAAUUGAUCAACCCACAAGACCAGCAAAACCAAACAGUAGAUUGAGAUUAACUGAUUUACCUGAUUUGAGUAAAUUGAAAUUUUUUGAUGUCAAGGAUCUUUCCGUACAGAAUAAGGAAACUGAAUUACAAUUCCAUUACACAACAAUUGACUUACCACCAUCCUCGGGAAGUGUUCUAGUUGAUGUCAAUUAUGGAUCUUUGAACUCAUUUGACUUAAGUAAAGUUAAUCAAUACUUGUUGAAUAUGAGUAAUGUGAAAGUUGUGUUGGGGUAUGAAUUUGCUGGUGUUAUAACUCAUGUGGGGUCAUCAAUGCAAAAAAAGUUUGCAGUGGGCGAUUAUGUGUUUGGGUUGAUUGAUCCUACUUCAAGAAGGGGUGCCUUGUCAUCUAGCCAGAUCAUUUAUCCCGGUAGAGACGUGUUGGUGAAGGUUGAUGAGAACGUAUUGAACCAAUUGAAUGACAUUGACAUUGAUUUGGAUGCAAAUGAUGAUAAUAAGGCAUUUGAAGUUGGAGAAGAGGAAACGGAAGCAACUAAUUUAGUUGAACAAACACAAGCUAAUGAGAUAUCCACAUCAGUGGAGUCAGAAGAUGUCAAUACCGCAAAGUCAGAAGAAUUAAGGGAUGCCGAAGAGGCUGAGGGUGUAACAACCCCAUCGAAAUCACCCCGUGAGGAAAACAAGGCAAACACAGACACUAAUGUCGACUCCAAUGUGGAUGAUCUAGUCUCCAGAGCUGGCAAACUGACAUUAGAGUCCAAGAAAACGGCGUUGCCUCCAUUGGCCAAAUUAUCUGCCAUUUCUUUACUUUACAAUCGAGCAAAACAAAUGCUUCAACUGUUGAAUAGCAAGAAUAAGAAAGUAAAUAUUUUAAUCAAUGGGGCAGACACUGAUAUUGGAUUGACAAUUAUUCAAGUGCUUUUGGCAGAGUAUCAAUUUGAAUUUAUAAGUUUAAUCCUUAUAAUACGUGAGAAAUCACUUGAGUAUAUGGAUAAUUUGCUUGAAAGAUUUGAGAAAAAAUAUUAUGACCCAUCAACCACCAAACGAUUAAAAUGUAUUUCAUUUGAUGUUGUUAAUGAUGGACUUUAUUUCCCUGGUGAACGAGUACCUAUAAGUUACAAAAAACCCGAUUUUUUUGCAACUGAAGUGAUUGAUGCAUUAUUGGUGCCCCACGGUAAUGAACUUAUUGAUAAAUCAAAUGUCAAUGAAUACAAACUAGAUUUGUUUAUUGAUUUAAUUGGAUGUAAAAAAUAUUUCCAACUGACAUCAACUAAAUUACAUGAGAUUGAAACGUUGAAUAUGCCAUUUAAACAAAAUAUUUCUACAUCAAUUGAGAAUUUAUUCGAUGCUAAAACAAAAGAACCAUUCCUUACUCGAAUCUUGAAACCCAAGAAGUUGGGAUCAGCUGUGGUUAGUGGAUGUAAAUUUACCUUGCGUGAGCCAAGUUAUAACAUUGAUAAAUUGAUUGAUUUCAGUGAACAGGGUGUGUUGAAUCCAUGGACCAGUAAAUGGUCAAGCAAUAUCUUGAAUAACUGGACGUCGUACAACUAUUACGAGGAGAUUUAUUUGAAGAUUAAACAAAAAUGGGCUGAACAAGCACUUCAAUUGGUUCUCGAUGAUAAAUUAAAGUUUAAGAUCGAUAAGUUUGUUGAUUGGAGGAAGGAUUAUAAGAAAUACGUGAAAGCAUUGAAGGAAAAUGACGGAAAGAUUAUCCUCGAAGUGGAGGAGUUUUAA